UAAACUGUAUUAUAAAAAAUAUAUAUCGAUUGAAAAAAAAAGUUCUCAAAUAAUUACUUAAAUAUAUAUAAACACUGUCAUUGUCCUUUAAUCGACCACCAUCUCCCAGUGAAUUUGGUGGCUUACUUUCCUUGUAUAGUUUCUUGCAGUGUCUGAGUGGUCUUAUCCCAAAUAUUCAUUCUAUAUUCAUCGCAUUCCAGUGCAAGUUCAAAUACAGAAUAGAAAGCAAAGCAGUGGCUAUGUGGGAACAAUAUAUCUUUAUUUUGGCACAGUACUAUAUCCCAUGUAUUUUACUCUAUUUUGAUUUGUAUCUACAGUAUAUUAAUUAUUCAAAUUUUAUAUCCUUAUAAUUAAAUCAAACUGAAGUAAAUAUCAUUUCUCUCACCUGUUGCUUGUCCAGGUUGACCACUAUCCUCAAAUGAUGUCAAACUUAUUUUGUUGUGUGAAUUUUUAUUUCCACUGAAAGGUCUGAAGAGCCAUUGGCUGUGAAUUACAUUUUUUUCAGGGUCAAAUUACAAUGCCGUUUUCUUACAUCAGCCUAUAACCUGCUUUAGAUUUGCUUUGAGGUCAUUCUGAUUGUACAAACACAGCCACCAUCAUAAAGAAAUGUGAAAACCAAACCAAUCCUGUACACUGACAAUUAAUAAAGAAAACUCACACAGUGGGGAAUUAAAUCAAGUUAAUAGCCUAUUCGUGUGGAGGUAGGUGGAUCAAUAACAGCCAAUAUUUUAUAUUUUUCAAGAUACUCAAAUGUCUACGAAUGUGAAAAGUUCAUCUGGAGUGUUUACAGCCACCUCGGUCUAUGUCUGUUACGCUCACAGGGUGGCGCUGUGCGUAAACAGUUUCUACUCACUGCGCGCACCCUUGACAGACAAAUGAGAUUAAAACAUCUUGUCUCAUUAGUUACCGACCGGGAGACGAGCUUGAGUCUCCGUGUAGCUGCAGACUAAUCUUUCUUCUGGGACAGUGAGCCGUGUUUGGACAGUAGCAGGAGCUCCCACAUGGCUGCGGGGACGCGGAGCUGCGCGUAGAGAGGAGAAGCUCUUCCAGGGACCAGGGAACCGCUCGCAGUCUCGGUUAUUUCUCCCAGCUCCAGUCCCGUUAGAUGACAGACGCGCUUCUUCUCAUGUCGUUCACAGGAAACUGAAAAAGAAGAACCUAUUCAGGCGGGUUUCAUUGAACAGUUCAACAAUGCAGUUGCCGUCUGAAAGGAAGGUGGAGCUGAAGACAUCGUGACAACUUACCGAUGUUAUCCACGGCGAUAAAGAUAUCAUAGUAAUUUAUCUUGGACUGAGAGGCCAAGCAAGGUGUCAGGAAUGCUCCCUGUCCUCUUGCUAGCUGGGUUGAUUCUGGCUCUGUCCAUCCCUGGCACUGCGUCAGAGUCGGCCACGCUGCGGUUCCUGGGGCAGACUGCCUUCGUUGUCAAUGAGAGCAGCACAGCUGUGGUCCGGCUGGUUGUGGAGAGAGUGGGAGACCCGGUCAAUGUGACAGCUUUGGUUUUGCUAGAGGGGGUCGACACCGGGGACUUUGAAGCCAUCAAUGCUGCAGCCUUCUUGCUGUCCACUGAGUCCAGUAAGACCAUUUUCAUCGCUGUGAAAGAUGACGACUUGCCCGAAGCCGACGAGACAUUUACCUUCAACCUUACACUACAGAGUUCAUCUAAUGGUGUGACGUUAGGAACACCCAACAAGGCAACCAUCACCAUCCUGUCCAAUGACAACGCCUUUGGAAUAAUUGCCUUCAACUCAACUGAAGAGAUCAUUGUUGAUGAACCCAGAGGACGGAACCAUUACGUGCCUUUCACCUUGAUUAGAGAAAAGGGAACAUAUGGAACUGUGACAGUGACCUUUGAGGUCUCAGAAGGUCCCAACCCUGCUAUAGAGGAUCUCAGUCCUGACAGAGGGAACAUCACCAUCCCUGUAGGACAGUCUGUGGUGCACUUCAGUAUUCUCAUUCGGGAUGACCAGAUACCAGAAGACGAUGAAGUGUUUUCAGUCAGGCUAACGGGUGUGGCAGGUGGAGCGCUCCUAAGGCCGAAUGCCAGCAGUGUCCAACUGAGAAUCCGGCGUAAUGACAGCCCGCUGCGGUUCUCCCACUCUAUCAUGGUUGUACCAGAGUCUGCUGCAGUCAUUGUCCUCAAUGUGACCCGUGGUCGAUUCACUGAGGAUGGACCACUCAUCGGCUCCGAUGACACUGAGGUCUCCGUAGAUUACAUGGUGGUGAGCGGUGAAGGACUGGGCAGCGCCACCCCAGCUGUGGAUUUCCAGGACCUACAGCCAGUCAGAACCCUUACGUUCCCUCCAUUUGUCUACACAACGAGCCUGCUGUUCAACAUCAGCGACGAUAGCGUGCCAGAGAUCGCAGAAUCCUUCCACGUUGUCCUGGUGGAGGAGACCAUCAGAGGAGAUGCCGUGCUAGUGCCGCCCAAUGCUGUGCUGGUGACCAUCGAGCCCAACGACAAGCCUUACGGCGUCCUGUCAAUAAGCAGCAGCGCACUCAUUCAGCCAAUCAGCAUCAAUGAAGAUCAGACACAAAGAUUUGAUGGCAUCGUUAUUGUGAGAAAUGGAGGCAGCUACGGGGUCGUGUCUGCCAACUGGUCCAUCAGUAGAAACUCCAGCGAUCACUCGCCUGUGUCAGAUGACCUGAGGCCUGAGGUGGGAACGGUGAGAUUCGCUGCCGGUCAGGUGACUGCUGUGAUUCCAAUAAACAUUGUGGCGGACGAGCAACCCGAAGAGGCAGAGGCCUUCAUUCUCAAACUGCUGCCCAGCACCGUGACUGGAAACGCGGAGGUGGACGAACCCAUGGAGAUGGUGUUUUACAUCCAGGACAGUGAUGAUGUCUAUGGACUCUUUCGCUUUAACCCCGACAAAGAACAGAGAAUCCAGAGUCAACCCGAGGGCCGUUUCCUGUCUCUACAUUUUUUGCGAGACGGUGGUACUCUGGGUAACGUGUCUUUGACCCUCACGGCCCUCUACAUUCCUGCAGGUCCUAUAGACCCAGCACUGGCCCGUGACCGGGUUCUGAAUGUUAGCAGGUCUGUUAGUGUGGUGUUUUCCCAUAAGCGCGAGGUGCCGGUAACGCUGCCAAUCAGGAAUGAUGCCUUUCUGCAAAACGGAGCUCAUUUCUUAAUACAGCUGAAUACACUGGAGCUGAUUGAUAUCAAUCCAUUGAUUCCUUCAAACAGCCCAAGGUUUGGGGGAGCUCUAAACCUGACGUUGACCGUCACCCCUGACAUUGCCAACGGGGAGAUUGGCUUUACAAGUAACACCACAGUGGUGGCUUAUGAACCUGAGGACAGCAAUGUCAGCAUGGUAGUGAGCCUCCCUUUGCGGCGUGAUGGGACGGACGGUCGGGCUGUAGUCUUCUGGAGUCUUAAGCCGACUGGAGCCAAUCGUGAGGAUGCGACUGCUGACGACCUGAAGCCUUUUAACGGCUCUGUUGUCUUCCUCACCGGGCAGAGUGACGCCUCCAUCAAUCUUACUAUUAUGGCUGACAAUAUCCCAGAAGUCAACGAGACCUUGGUGCUCACUCUGGAUAGGAUUAAUGUUGAGAAUCAGAUCCUGAAAGCUGGCUUCACCAGCAGAGAGAUCGUCAUCAUGGAGAACGACGACCCUGGAGGAGUCUUUGAGUUCUCCCCGUUGUCCAGAGGUCCAUGGGUUAUCAAUGAGGGGGAGGCCGUGGAGCUGCACGUGGUCAGAGCCCAGGGACAACUUUUGAAACAGCUGGUGCGAUAUUCUGUCGUGCCUUCUGGCAGCACUGAAUUCUAUGGUGCUACUGGCAUCCUGGAGUUCAAACCUGGGGAAAGAGAGGUUGUGGUGGCACUGGUGGCAAGGCCUGAUGGGGUGCCUGAGCUGGAUGAAACUUUCUCUGUGGUACUUAGUAGCCACAGCACUCCACCCAGUCGUCUAGGCAACCACAGGGAGGUCAACAUCACGGUGCGGAGGAAUGACGACCCUUUUGGGGUCAUUGAGUUCUUCCAAUCAGGACUGACAGUGGCCAUUAAUGAGAGCAAAGGGAACGUGACGCACCGAGCCGUUUACCCUGUGGUGAGGAACAGGGGUCACUUUGAAGAAGUAUCAGUGUCGUGGGUCUUGGAGCCGGCCCUGUCCGGAGAUGUCAUCCCCCUCCAAGGAAACAUCACCUUCAAGGAGGGGGAGUACCUGAAAAACCUCACUCUCUUCUCUGUACCUGAUGAGAUCCCAGAAGACAUGGAGGAUUUCACCAUCACACUGUUAAAUGCUACAGGGGGCGCAAGACUGGGGAACGUACGAAAUGCCAGUUUGAGGAUUAAUAAGAAUGAUGACCCCAUUUACUUUUCUGAGCCGGUCGUCGUGCGCCUCCAGGAAGGGGGUGUGGCCAACUUCACUGUUCUGAGGGCGGGGCGGGCAGACUUUCUGGCCACGGUGAUGUAUCAAGUGGAGUACGGCGACGCGUCACCGGGCGACCUCACCAUGCUGAGUAACGACACUUUGCUGGUGUUUGAUGUGGGUGAAUGGAUGAAGAACAUCUCUGUGGCUGUUGAAGAUGACGACAUACCAGAGACUGACGAACCUUUCCACAUUGUUCUCUUCAACGCCACAGGCGAUGCUGUUGUGUAUGGAGCAGACACAGCGACUGUGGUAAUUGAAGCCAAUGAUGAUGCCAAUGGCAUUUUCACCUUGGAGCCCACAGAAAAACCUGUCGAAGAGGGAAAGACCAAUAAUUUCUAUGUACUACGAGCAAGGGGGCAUUUUGGGAAUGUUACGGUCUUCUGGCAGCUGUUUUCCAAUGACUCUGUGACACCUCUGGAAGAAAAGCAAGAGUUUACAAAUACCAGUGGCUCCAUCACCUUCACUACCGGAGAAGACACCAAGCCCAUUGUCUUGGAGGCUGUCUCAGACAAACUCCCUGAGUUCAAUGAGUUCUUUGUCCUCUGGCUGGUAAAUAUCUCAGGGGGUUACCCUGGGGACGGAGGACGCCUAGCUGAGACCUCUCUGAGUGCUUCAGUUCUCAUCCCUUUCAAUGACGACCCAUUCGGUGUCUUCGCCAUUGCUAAAGACAACUUGGACCAAGAAGUGGCUGAAGAUGUGCUCUCGCAGGAUGAUAUGGCUGAUGUCACUUCCUUUACCAUCCUCCGACAGCAGGGUACUUUUGGUAAUGUCCGCGUUGCCUGGGAGAUUGUUUCUGGACACUUCCCACAGGGCCUUCCUCCCAUGGAUGACCUGCUACUUCAAGCUUCCUUUCCAACUGAUGUUGAGCUUAGACCUCAUGCGAGGAGACACCACUCAGCCACAGACACAUGGUUUUUCUCUGGGCGUCCUGGAGCUUAUGGGACCAUCUCCCCUGAAGAUGGGCCUGCUGCCAUUGGCAACUUCACCUUCUCUGCUUGGCUGGUGCCAGCACCAGACACUGAUGGUUUCAUAUUUUCCAAAGGAACACAAAAUGGGAGCUUUUAUUAUGGCGUGAAGGUCCACACUAAUGACUCUCAUGUCACAGUGAUGCUGUACUAUACUGUAAUAGGCUCAAACAAUACCCAAGUGGCUCGGGCCACUGCUGAGAAGUUUGUGGAGGAUAAUACAUGGCUACAUGUCAUCGUUACUGUUGAUGAUGGGAUUAUAGAGUUCUUCUUGGAUGGGAACCCGGUCCCCGGAGGCUUAAAGAGCAUCAAAGGGGAGGGCAUCAGAGACGGACCUGCUUCAGUGUUUAUUGGGUCAGAUCCUGAGGGUGGACAGCGCUACACUGGUCUUCUCCAGGAUGUCCGCCUGUACUAUGUGAAGCUGAACCGCAGUCAUAUCCAUGAGCUCCACACUCAGCCUGCCAAAACAGAUCUGCGCAACAUCUCAGGUUACCUGCGGUACCAGCAGGACGAAAGGCAGAAGUCGUUUGUGGUGGAGGUCAGGGAUGACAACGAAGAGGAGGGAGAGGAGGUGUUCUUCCUGCAGUUGGUGGCAGUGCACGGUGGAGCGCGCCUCCCCCUCCCCAGGCCCACUGCUAUUUUGCGAGUCAUGAAGAGUGACAAUGCCAACGGGCUUUUUGGAUUCACUGGCGCCUGCAUUCCUGAUACCACUGAAGAAGGCUCUACUAUCUCCUGUGUGAUUGAGCGUAUGCGGGGAUCCCUGGACCAUGUUUACGUCAACUACACUGUUACCCAAUUGGACAGCUCGAACAACGACACUCCAGCCCAUCAAGAUUUUGUUAAUGCAACUGGAGCUGUGCUCUUCAUGCCUGGACAGCGAUCUGAGGUACUGAACCUGCUGGUGUUGGACGAUAACCUCCCUGAGUUAGCGGAGUCCUUUCAGGUCACGCUAGUGUCAGCAGAGUCAGGUGACGGGAAGGCAGGCUCCACCCCCACCAGCGGAGCAAGCAUCGACCCCAAAAACUCAGUUAACACGGUCACUGUCACAGCCAGCGACCAUCCCUAUGGCCUGCUGCAGUUUCAGCCCAGCCCUCCAGAGGACGGUUUGAUCGCUCCAGCAUUAGAACCUGCCCACAUCACUGUCAACGAGGAAGCUGGACAGAUCCAUCUACCAGUGGUCAGGGCCCAAGGCCUUUUGGGAAGAAUCAUGGUGGGGUACAGGACAACCCCCUUCACAGCAUCCAGCCCUGAAGACUACGAGGACUCAGACGGGAUGUUGGAUUUUCUUCCAGGGGAUAGGUUGAAGUUCAUCAGUGUAACCAUCGUAGACAAUCCUGUCCCUGAACUGGACAAGAUUUUUAGAGUGGAGCUCUACAAUGCAGAUGGAGGAGUGGGUCAGUUUCUGCAUAGUGAGGGGAGUGGUAGUGGGGAGAGUGACUAUGACUUCCUCCUUCCAUCCUAUCACCACCAUGCCACAUUGGGAGUUGCUUCCCACAUCACAGUGACCAUUGCUGCCUCCGAUGACGCCCAUGGAGUGUUUGAGUUUAGUCCUCAGUCCUUGUCUGUUAACGGUACGGAGCCUGAGGAUGGACGUAGCUCUGUGGUGCUGCAGGUGGAUCGGUCCUUUGGCGACCUCUCCAAUGUAACCGUGUACUGGGAAUCCGAACCCAGCUCUGAGGGGGAGCUCGUCAGCAGGUUUGGGGACAUCUCCUUCGGUGUGGGUCAGAAAUCAGCGAACAUCGUCAUCGAUGUGGCCCAGGAUGAGACCCCUGAGUUGGACAAGAGCUUCACUGUGUCUUUGGUUAACGUCUCACAUGGUCGUCUGGGUGUUAAGACAACUGCUACUCUGACUGUGCUUGCCAGUGAUGAUCCUUAUGGAGUUUUUAUAUUCACUAAUGCAUCAAGGCCUGUUCGACUUCCGGAAGCUGAUGCAACAGUUUCUCUCACUAUCCUGCGACAGAGAGGCCUGAUGGGUCAGGUGCGAGUAACAUAUGGGACCCUAAAUGAAGCCGAUCCAGAACCUUACAGGACUCCUGGGGUGGGCCGAGCCACUGAGGGGAAAGAUUUUGUUUCCCUGCUCGAUUCUGUUGUGUUCUUGGCCAAUCAGAGUGAGGCAAAUAUCACCCUGAGAGUGUUGGACGAUGAGGAUCCAGAAAGAGACGAAUCAGUGUUCGUGAAGUUGAUCAGUGUUCAGCUCAUCCAAGGGGCGCAAGAGAGGCUCAUUCCCAAUUCCCCUUCUCUGGGCUCCAGGACUGACACUGUAGCCCAGGUGAUAGUGGAGGCCAGUGAUGAUGCAUUUGGAGUCCUCCAGCUGUCAGCAUCUGCUGUCAGUGUAGCUGAACACUAUGUUGGGCCCAUAAUAAAUGUGACACGAGUAGGGGGGAUUUUUGCGGAUGUGUCUGUCAAGUUCAGAGCAGUGCCUUUGACCGCCAGAGUCAGCGAAGACUACAGCGUGGCCUCAACUGAUGUGGUGCUACUGGAAGGGGAGUCUAGUAAAUCUGUACCCGUCUAUGUCAUUAAUGAUGUGGUCCCUGAGCUGGAGGAGACCUUUCUCAUCGAGCUGAUCAACCAGACCACCGGAGGAGCUCUCCUAGGGGAGCUUACACGCGCCAUCAUCACCAUACUGCCUUCUGACGACCCUUUUGGUGCCUUUGUCUUCCAGGCUGUUCCAGUUACUAUAGAGGAGCCAGGAUCUAACUCUGUUGAGGUCACAUUGCCUAUUGUGCGUAAUGCUGGUAGUAUUGGCACAGUGGCGGUCCAGUGGCGGGCCACUGUCAAUGGACAGCUAGCAGUAGGAGACAUUAGACCCACAUCAGGAGAGGUGAGAUUUGCUCCUGGAGAGACCAUGAAGACACUCAGAUUGGAGAUUCUAGCUGACGAUGUACCUGAAAUCACUGAGAUAAUUAAGGUGGAACUAACUGGUGCCAGUAACGGAGGAAACUUGGGAGCUGAUACAUUUGUUAAUAUAAUAGUGCCUGCUAAUGACAACCCAUAUGGGACAGUCUACUUUGGACAGUCUGUUUACCGUGUCCAAGAGCCAUUGGAGGGAGUUUAUAGAGCCAAUAUUACAGUUCGCAGGAGUGGUGGUUACUUCGGUCGCCUGGAGAUCAUGUACAGUACCUCAGAGAUUGAUGUUGUUGGUCUGGCUCAGGCUGAUGGCCAGAACCUGUUGAUGUACUAUAACCCUCCAAAACCAGGGGUUAUAGCCACUUUGCCCCUCAGGGUAGUUAACAUCACUGGUCAGAGAAACCCAUUGGCUGCAUGUGCUGCUGCUUGUCUGAGAGAAAAAGCCUGCCAGGCCUUUUCUCUGUCAUCAGUUGUGGCCUCACCAUCCUGCACGUGGGUGACCUCGGGGGCUGAGGUUCUGACGUCUGAACGGCAGGUUAUGACUUAUGUAAAAAACGCCACUGCAGCCGCUGUCCUGUUGAGUGCCCAGGCUGUUGCAGGCAGUGAUUACACUCCUGUCAUGGCUCAAAGUGCCUUCAUGGAUGACGGAUCAGGGAUAGCCAACCUCACCAUCCUUAUUUUGAGUGACGAAUUCCCCGAAAUGGAUGAGAGCUUCUCCAUACAGAUAUUAAAGGUAGGGCUGAUAAAUUUCACCGUACCAGAGAAGAACCUGCCCUCAAUUGGUCAGCCGGACAAGGCUGUAGUCACCAUAGGAGUGAAUGGAGAUGCAUUUGGCGUAUUUCUGAUCUACAGCCUCAGUCCGAACGCCACUAACGAAGGGCUCUAUCUAGAGGUUCGUGAAGAUUCUACUAUUGUGGUGCCUCUGAUUAUUGAGAGGAGAGGAGGGAAUCUGGGCACUGUCACUGUAGAGUGGAGAUAUGUUGGAGGAAAGGCAACACCAAAUACUGACUUCACUGGUAUCGGAGGAACUCUAGUCUUUGAUGGUGAGCUGAGAAAGACAAUACAGGUAGUAAUCAGAGAUGAUGAUGAACCAGAGGACAACGAGAGCCUCAUGAUCGGUCUCGUCAAUACGGAGGGAGGAAGUCGAAUCCAGCCCCACUCGGACACUGUAACUAUAGUGAUACUGGCUAAUGAUAAUGUGGCGGGGAUUGUUGGCUUCCAUCCAGACUCACGUUCUGUCAUCGCCAGAGAAGGUGAGGGGCUAUCGUUGUUAGUGAUGAGAACAGCUCCAGGUCUGGGUAAUGUCACCGUGGAGUGGACUAUACAAGGGCCUCUCGUACACCGGACCUUCACCCAAACCUCGGGGACACUUUUCUUUACUGAGGGAGAACUAAACAAAACCAUAAUCAUAGAGCUUCUUGAUGAUGCCACACCAGAAGACCAAGAUGUAUAUAAAGUUUCACUGUCCAACAUUAAAACCUUCGGUGUUGUGGUGACAGGCCACGCAACCUUAGAUGUUCAAGGAAGAGAGGCGGUGCUGACUGUGGACACCAGUGAUCAGCCCUAUGGGUUGCUGUCUAUAGCCCCAUCUUCUCUAAGGGUGACCACAGAGGAGAGGGACCAAACUAUAAAUAUCUACGUCAAUAGAGAGUUUGGAUCAUCAGGAGUUCUGAACAUCUCCUAUGAGGUUACAAGAGGAUCUUUACAAAACCUGUCUGUGGUAGAAGGGGCUCUGGCUGACCCCGGAAAAGACUUCCUCGCUCUUACUGGUUCUGUAAUCAUUCAGGAUGGACAAACAUCUGUCGCUAUCCCUGUCACUAUACUGGAGGACGACAUUCCAGAGUUGCAGGAGUUCUUCCUGGUCAACAUAACAUCAGCUGUACUCAUCACAACCCUCGCCACUGUUCCCCAACUAGACACCCAGGGUUUGGUGGCAGAAGUGAUCAUUGCCGCUAAUGAUGGAAUCCGAGGGAUCAUUGAAUGGACCAAUACCAUGUUUGAAGUGAAUGAAACAAUAGGGACUCUGACUCUAGUAGCCUACAGGAACAGGGGGACAUAUGGAAAUGUCUCUGUUGUCUUCUUUGCUCAAAACCUGGAAGCUCAACAGGAACUAGACUACAAUACCAGUGAAACGGUGCUCCAUUUUGUUGAUGGCGAAAGGCACAAGUUUGUAGAGGUGCAGAUCAUUGAUGACACCAUCCCAGAGGGAGCAGAGAGAUUCCAGCUCAUCCUGUCCGAGCCUUCCCCUGGCCUGGAGCUGGGCACCAAUACCACCGCUACUGUGAAUAUCCUGGCCAGUGAUGAUGGACAUGGUGUGAUUUCCUUCAACACCAGUGAACAUUUUCUCUUGAGAGAGCCUACCUCUGUGUCAGGGCUGAGUGAGAGUGUGGCUAACCUCUACGUGGUCCGGAACCCAGAGGAAGGCACUUUUGGCACCGUGUCGGUUCAGUUUACUAUCACUGAUGGCAACGGCACGCUAGCAGAGGGUGAUCUCAUGCCACCACAAGGGUUUGUGGUACUGGAGGAUGGGGUCAGAUUUAAGAUGCUGGAGAUCAGGGCUCUGCUCGAUGCUGAAGCGGAAGUUAAUGAAACUUUCACAGUGGUGCUGUCCAACCCAACAGGGGGUGCACGGCUGGGCGACCAACUCCAAAUGCUCAUCACCGUCCUAGAGAAUUCAGCUCCUUCUGGCUUGUUCCGAAUUGGACCUACUCUCAACAGAACUAGCACCGAGGUGGUUGCAGAUGAAGGUGGCAGUGCAGUCUUCCUCACCGUGUCUCGCAGUAAUGGCCUGGAAUCCGCUGUUAGUGUGGAAUGGGAGAUGCAGUCGGACACAGCAGUUGCCUCCAAGGGUCACCUCUCAGUCAUGGGUGUAUACCAGAGCUUUGAGGACAGCCCCACCUCAGCCUGGUGCACCCUUCCAGAGGGUCCUUCCUUUCUGGCUAUGAGGCUGGACAAAAGGCCCAUUGUUGGAUCUUCCCACACCUUGGCAACUCUGUAUCGGUGGCAGGGUGUUUUUUUGCCAGUAGAGUCUGUGAGGGUUCAGGAACCAGGCUCAUGCGUUGGCUUUGCAGUGAAUGGUUCCACCUAUAUCGGCAUUACACAUGGUGGGCCCCCUUUCUACCCUGCUGCCAACCUCAGCAUCUUCAAAUUGCAAAGGGACCUCAAUGUCACACUAGAACAAGUCUUAGGUGUUGAAGCUCUGGAUGUGAAACACUUCUCUGCUGAUGGUAGAGAUUAUCUAAUAGCAUCAAGCCAGAUCUUUGUCUCGACUGGAAGCACCUUCUCGCUCCUCCAGACUCUUGACUUCGAACAGAACAUCCUCAGCGUGAGUCCAUUCACUCGUGCAGACGUUCCCUACCUGGCGGUGUGUGUAGACAGGGAGACGGAGAGCUGCUUCCUGCUCCAGUGGACCAGUGGAAGAUUUCAGAAUACACAGCCUCUCCCACUCACCGGCAGAGCCAGUCAGGUGGAGACAAUGAACACAAGAGCGGAGGACGUUCUCCUGUUGGUGGCUGUUGAAGGUCUCUCUCCGUCCUGUGAGGUGUUAGAGUGGAGUUCAGAUCAGGCUUCACCACAGCUCCAUCAGUCCAUUCCUCAUCCAGGCCUCACCUCCAUUCACGCCUUCACUGCUCCUUCUGGGAUCUCUUAUGUCCUGCUUGCUGGAAUAAAUGGUUCAUCGCUCUACUCCUGGAGGUCCGAUGUCAACCUGUUCACCAUGAUCCUGAGGGCCCCUCCAACCAUCAGCUUCCUCUCUUUCAUUGUCCCAUCCCUCAACACCACAAAGAUCCUCUUGGCCUCUGCUGAGGACAACAGCUCCACUGUUUAUGAAUUCACUUCGGUCUCCAAUCAGUCGGAUUUCAUACCCAGUUCUGGGGAGCUGCAUUUCGCACCAGGGGACAGUGAGCUGGAGAUAGCGGUGAACAUCAUAGAUGAUGAUGCCCCUGAGGUUCAAGAGAACUUCCAGGUCAGACUGAAGAAUCCAAAGGGUGGGGCUGAGAUUGGAUUUGGUGGUCAGGUGACAGUAAUUAUCCCCACCAAUGAUGAUGCCUAUGGAGUAAUUGGCUUUGCGCAGCAUUCUCUCUACAUGGAGGUGGAGGAGUUGGAGCAAAGUAAUCAAAUUUCUCUCAGUGUAGAGAGGAGAAGAGGGAGUUUUGGCAGGUUGACUGUUCACUGGGCAGCCAAUGGCAGCUUGACAGAUAUUUACCCUACUUCAGGAGUGGUAACGUUUUCGGAAGGUCAAACUGUAGCCAUCAUCUCACUGGCUGUAAUAGCAGAUGGUAUCCCAGAGCUAAGAGAGAGUGUCACGAUCACCCUCCGGGACGUCACCACUGUGGGACUUCAAGACCUUCGACAGGCUGCUGUCAUUGACAAGCAUUCGGCGCAAGCUCUGCUCACCAUCUUGCCCAACGGUUCCCCUUAUGGGGUGAUUGGAUGGCAUCUGGACUCCCAGUUUACACUAACACAAGAACCACAGAGGACUCCAGUCAAUGUGACUCUCUCCAUAGUGAGGGAGCAGGGCUCCGCAGGUGAGGUGGCGGUCCAUUACCAGACCAGGCCAGCCCUGUAUGAGCCCCCAUCAAACCAAGCCACCGCAGGAAAUGACUACAUUCCUAAAGACGACACCGUCAUUAUGAUAAAUGGUGCUACUGUUGCCCUCGUCACUGUCACAAUCCUACCGGAUGACAUCCCAGAGCUGGCUGAGAGUUUCCUUGUGAACAUCACUGGCGUGGAGCUUGUUAGAGGUUCGGUCGGAGCAGGACAACCCAGUGUGAAGAGGCCUGGGAUGGAAGUAGCGGAGGUAACCAUCCAGGAGAACGAUGAUCCCCGAGGCGUUCUGCAGUUCAAUGUUUCUGAGGAUAUCCCUGGAAGUGUCCUGGCCUACGAGAUACCACCACCAGACAACGUCUUGCAUCUUUCAGUGGUGCGACUUGCUGGUACAACUGGGAGGCUGGUCGUCUACUGGGAAGCUCUGCCAGUCACUGCUGAUCUUAAUGACUUCAGUCCCAUAUCUGGAAACGUGACCUUUCAAGAUGGGCAGAGAGAAGCCACAAUUGCCAUCACCAUCUUAGAUGAUGAACAAGUGGAGACUUUGGAGACAUUCGAAGUGAACUUGCUUCGUGUGAUUGGUGGUGCUCGACUUGGACGAGUGACCUCUGUGACCGUCAGUAUUCCAUCCAACGAUUCACCUCUUGGACGAUUUGGAUUUCAGGAACUGGAGGUUACUGUCAGUGAACCAGAGUUUGAUGACGACCCUGCUGCUGUGGCAACACUAGCAGUGCUGCGUAGUGCAGGAGGUGAGGGUGCAGUGACACUGAUGUGGCAACUGGAAGACCGAGCUGCAGAUGACCUUUCACCUUUAAAUGGAACCCUUGUCUUCUCUGAGACUGAGUCGUUCAAGUCAUUUGUGAUAAGAGCCCUUGCUGACACUGUCCUGGAAGAAGAUGAACAUUUUACCAUCCAGUUGCUUCCUGCUGGGAGUGGUGCCGUCAUUGACCCUUUGCAUGACAUGGUCACCAUCACUGUUAGGGCAGACAAAGCUGCCCUGGGGAUUAUUGGAAUAGCAGAGUCAUCAAAGAACCUCCUCGUUGGAGAACCUCAGGGAAAUUACAAUGGGAGUGUUGUGGUCAGCCUUGUGCGAGGGCCAGGGGUGUUUGGAGAGGUUCAGGUGUACUGGAACAUCACUCCAGCUGUGGUUUCUGAGUUUGAAGCAGUCUCUGGCGUCGUUACUAUGAGAGACGGACAGUCUGCCGCUGCCAUUACCCUGAAGGUCCUGGAUGAUGAUCUUCCUGAAGAGCGCCACGAGUACCAGCUUACACUGACCUCUGCAACCUCAGGCCUGGAAAUAAAUCCCAUAGCCAGGCAUGCCAGGAUUAUUAUGGCAGCUAGUGACAACCCUUAUGGCAUUUUCUCUUUCACUCAGCUCCAGCUCAAUGCAACAGAGGAGGAAGGCAUGGUAAAUGUGACAGUUACCCGCUCAUUUGGUAGUCUGGGCAGGGUGUGGGUGACCUAUGAGACAUCGGGUAGCACAGCGGUCAGUGGUUUGGAUUUCGCUCCAGCAUCAGGACGACUGCUUUUCACCCCAGCCCAGACCUCGCACCAAAUAACACUGCAUAUUCAAGAUGACAGUCUUCCAGAAGGGCCUGAGGUCUUUUUCCUCAGGAUCACUGAAGUGGAGCUCAUCAAUGUCAGUGCUGUGGACUACACAGUGAGGGAGUCGGGGUUACAACUGGACCAGCCUCCAGCUAUAGGCAACAUCUCUUCUCUCACUGUGGUCAUACUAAAGAAUGAUAAUGCCGAGGGUAUCCUGGAGUUUAGACAGGACUAUGUGAACAUUACAGUUGAGGAGAACGUGGGCAACGUGUUGAUCCCCGUGGUGAGGAAAUUGGGCUCGUAUGGACUGGUCUCCGCUCACUUCAUUUCUAGAGGCUUGAGUGCAACCCCCUAUCUCGACUACAUCCUAAAUAAUGGCUCAGUGACUUUUGUUCAGGGCCAAAACACCAGCUUCAUCAAUGUCACUAUUAUAGAUGACCUGGACAGUGAAUCAGCAGAGGUGUUUGAAGUUCUGCUGGUUGCAGCGACAGGGGGAGCUGCUCUAGGCUCCCAACAUAUUGCAACUGUAACCAUCGCCAAAAGUGACUCCAUAAGUGGGUUGGUCCGUUUCCUCAAUGAGAGCCUGAUCACUGUAGCCAACCCCAACUCCACUCUGAAACUCAGUCUUGUUUUGGAGAGAGCAGGAGGCCUUGUGGGCAAUGCAACGGUUGCUUGGGUCAUCCUUGGCCCAAACAGUGGAGAAAUCCUUCCACUGCUCAAUGCUGACAUCGGAGGGCCUGUAAAUGGGUCCUUCUUCUUCAGGGAUGGAGAGGAAGGUACGCGCACCAUAGAGCUGCGAGUUCUCCCCCACGGUGUAGUGGAGGUGGAAGAAACAUUUGUCAUACAGCUCAGCAUUCUGUCUGGAGAGAUGGAUGUUGAUCCUCAGGCUGGGUCCAUAACACUGAAGAUUGAGAAGUUUGGUGACCCGAAUGGCAUAGUGCAGUUUACCGAGGAUGCUCUUCAAGAGCAUGUCUACAAUGAGCCUACAGAAGCAGAGGGGCCAUACAACAUUUCCUUGCUGAUUACGCGCAGAGAGGGUGUCAUGGGCAACAUCACGGUGCACUGGCAGAUACAGAGUGACUCAGAUACAGCAGGUGACUUCCUAGCUCUAGCUGGCUCAGUGAUGAUCCUGGAAGGACAACACGAGGCAGAAAUUGCCCUUAGCCUGAUGCCCGACACUGUGCCAGAGCUGGAGGAGCUCUACAUUCUCCGCCUCACAGCUGUGGAAGGCGGCGCUACUCUAGAUGCUAACCCAAACCGAAUCAGAACCCAUAUCAGGGUACCUGCUAAUGACGAACCCCACGGUGUGUUUUCCCUGAACCCUGAGCAACAGUCUGUUGUAGUGGUGGGUUCAGGACCUGAUGUCACCAGAGCUCUGGUCAUGAAUGUGACACGACUUGCUGGGCUGUUUGGCAACGCGAGUGUGGGUUAUAGGGUUACUGGAAGGAUUGAUGAAGUGAUGGCCAUCGAGGAGAUACUGGGAGGACAAGCUGAAGGAAGGCUGCUUUUGAGAGAGGGACAGGCCUUUGGGACUAUUACUGUGCCUAUCAGCAGUCAGGUGUUUUUGUCAGUGGGCACAAGCUUCACAGCCGAGCUUACUGAUGUUAGACUGAUCAGUGCUGUCCUUGGCCCUCCGCCUCGCCUCCUCCGUGAGGCCAGCGCAGCUACGGUGACUGUGCCUGAAGAAGCUGCCAGCCCAGAGGUUGGCUUUGCUUCACUGGCUCUUCAGGUUUCCAGCAUAGAAACAGGGACAUGUGAGGCAAAGGUGACACGAACGGGGCUGUUUGGUGAUGUCAGGGUGCAGUGGAGAGCUGGGUAUCCUUCAGGACAGGCUCCACCUGGCUUUAAGACUGGAGCGAUUGUCCCGGACUCAGGCUCGUUGACCCUGGCCCAUGGAGAGAGGACCAAAGCCAUAUCCCUUACAGCUGUUGCUGAUGCUUUCGAGCCUGCUUCAUAUGCUGUUCACCUCACUUCUGCCUCCUCCAGCACUGCUGCAGCUGGUGCUGUCAAGCUCAGGUCUGGCUUUACCGUGGCAGAAGUGGAGCCACUUGGGGUCUACCAGUUUUCCCCUGAUUCCCGCCAUUUAGUUAUUGCAGAGGACAUCCAAACCAUAACGCUUUACGUUCAGAGACUUUAUGGUUCUCGUAGCAACGCCACGCGCCUCUCCUAUACAACAGUAUCAGGCAGCGCAGCAGCAGGGGAGGACUUUAGUGCAGUGACUGACGGCCGUCUGGUGUUCAACUCACCUCACCAAAUCAAUGCCUCACUCCAUCUCACAAUACUUGACGACUCCCUUUCAGAGCCUGAUGAAUACUUUCAUGUCAACUUAACCCAUGCUCAAGCCCUUACUCCAGACGUAGCUUGGGUAGAUGCCCCUCCUCGCCUUAACCCUCAGCACAGUGUGGCCACUGUCACCAUCCUGGCUAGCGAUGCGACUGGUGGAGUUCUGAGCAUUGGACCUCAACUGAUCCAAGUGCAGGAGGACAGAGACGAGGAGACUCAGCAAGAGCGCAGGGUGGUUCUGAGGGUGCGGAGGUCUGACAGUGUCGAUGGGGCAAUAAGGGUUCGGGUCCAAGCAUUUGGAGAUGGAAGUACAACCCCUCUUCCCUUCGAUCUGGAUCCUGAUGGGACCCUUGCAAAGGAGGAGCAGGACUUCCGCUUAGAGUCUACUAUAGUGGCCUUUCAGCCUGAUGAGAAUGAGAAAGAGGUGAUCCUCUUCAUCCUUGAUGACGCAGAGCCUGAGGGACAGGAAGUAUUCUUCAUCUACCUCAGUGACCCAGAGGGAGGGGCGCAGAUCACAGACAGUCCAUACCAGGGCUUUGGAGCUUUUGUCAAGAUCACCAUCCUUGGGAGUGACCUUCAAAAUGGCAUCAUUGGGUUCAGUCUUAAUUCUCUCUUGGGCCAAAUUCUGGAUGAGGAUUCGGAGAACAGAACUGCUGUGCUCUACCUCCAGAGACAAGAAAACAGAGCCUUUGAGGAUUUGCAGGUCCUCUGGAGGGCUACCUUCAGCAAGGCCACUCUGAGUCUGGUCAAUAAUGGAGUCAACCUAACCGCGCAGCUUGUGCAGACCUCAGGAACAGCAACCUGUAGGCGAGGAGAGAUCAUCUGUCCUCUCACGCUAGAGGUUCAGGAUGAUGAGGAACCAGAGUACCAGGCAUGGUUUCUAGUGGAAAUCUAUCAAGUGGGUGCUGGAGCUACCAUAAAUGAGACCACCCGUUUUGCCAACAUCACCUUAGCAGAGAGCGACAACCCGCAAGGCGUUGUGUACUUUACCGUAGGCUAUAGACUGCCCGUUGCCACCCUGACGACGACAAGGCUCAGUCUGGAAGUCUAUAGACAAGCAAGCACAGCUUCAGCCAUGUCUGUACAAUAUCGCACACUGGAGCUUCCCAGGGAAGAUGUGGUGGGUCCCUCAGUGAUCUGGCCUGCUAAAGCAGGGAUGGACUUUCCCAGACAGGAGGGCCAGCUGACAUUUGCCGUGGGGCGUCACAACGCGACACUGGAAAUUGUCUUGACUCCUGACCGCGGGUCAUCUCUCCCCACACCUAAGCGCUUCCAGGUGGAGCUGUACAAUCCUUCGGGGGGCGCCAAAGUGCACUCUCAGUUUGGGUUGGCUAAUGUGACCCUGGUGUCAAAUGCAGCGAGUCAAGCUGUGUGGGUCUUACUGGACCAGUUGCAUCAGCCCCUCGAAACAACUUUAUUGAACCAGGUGCUGCAAACGCUGAUUAGUAACAUUGCCGCACCUCCUCUGAGCCGUGAGCAGAUGACCGCCGUGCUUGAAGCUCUGGAGAAGGUGCUUGCAGAGGCAGAGAGGGCUCCUUUACAAGGGAGCAGCCGGAAUUUGACCUACAACCUGUUGUGUGCCUUGGCCAAUCCCAACCGAGUCGACACUCGAGGCCUCAGCCACCUUGCUGGGGUGGCCGAGCGAUUUGCCUUCUCCCUCCUCACACACAGUCAAUGUGAAAUUAAGGGGACCGUCCUGGAAACGUGUCCGCAUAUGACCAUCUCCGCCUUCCAGUGGUAUCCCACACAGAUCAAUGGACAUAAGUUCAGGGGCCGUAACGCAGACUUCUUCCAGCUCCCAGACGCUCUGCUGCCAGUACCAGCGGUCUCCACUGCAAUCUGCGGCAACCUGAGCAGGAUUCAGCUGACGGAGUUCAGAACCGAACACUGGUUUCUCAAGAACGAUACCGUCGCCGCCAUGAAUGGGAAGGUAUUCUCAUUCAGCCUCCAGGACAGAGGGUCACGACCCUUAGAAGAUGGUAAUGAGGUGGUGUAUCGUAUCCACACCCCCGGUCAACAAGUUAAACCCGGCAAGUCUCUGUGCCUUCUCUGGAACCAGACCACUGCAGGGUGGUCAUCAGGUGGUCAGUACUGCAGGGUCGUGAAAGAGAGCGGGAACUAUGUGGAAUGUGCGUGCUCCCACUUGUCCAUCUAUGCGGCCCACGCUGAGUUUGUCAUGCUCGCGUCCUACAACGAGGCCUUCUACGCCUCAGGAUUCAUCUGCAUCUCAGGCUUUGCAUUGGCCAUUAUAUCCCACAUGCUGUGCUCCCGUUUCCCCAUGUUUGCUGCCAAACUGCUCACUCACAUGUUGGUGAGCUGCCUUGGAACUCAGAUUUGUUUCCUGGUGUCAGCUUUCCGGGGCCGAGUGUUGUCUGAGGACAGCUGUGCUACUCUGGCUCUCUUCUCUCACUAUUUCCACCUGAGUCAGUUCUUUUGGAUGCUCAUACAGGCUGUAAACUUCUGGCAAGUUCUGGUGAUGAAUGAUGAGCACACGGAUCGUCGGUACCUGCUCUACUUCCUCCUGGGCUGGGGGCUUCCCGCUCUGGUCAUCAUCGUCCUGGUCAUCGUGCUGCUCGGAGGCUUUGGGUGGAACAUACACGCCGUGUACGGACUGGUUCAAGGAGACGUGUGCUUUAUCCCCAACAUCUAUGCAGCUCUGUGCACGGCAGUACUAGUGCCUCUUAUCUGCCUAGUGGCGGUGCUGGUGGUAUUCAUCCACGCCUACCAAGUUACUCAGCAGUGGAAGGCCUACGACGACCUUUACCGCGGGCGGACCAACAGCACAGAGGUGCCGCUGGUUCUCUACCUCUUUCUGCUCAUCUCUCUGGUCUGGUUGUGGGCAGGACUCCAUAUGGGCUACAGGUACCUGUGGAUGCUCAUCCUCUACGUCAUCUUCAACGUCCUGCUGGGCCUGUAUGUGUUUGCAGUGUACUUCAUCAUGCACAACCAGCUGUGCUGGCCGACUAAAGCCAGUUACACUGUGGAGAUGAGCGGCCAUGACGGUGCCGACUCUUCCUACCAGGGAGGGGGACCCGCCACAGUAGGGGGCGACAUCAGCAAAUCAACGCAGAACCUCAUCAGUGCCAUGGAGGAGGUGUCAGCAGACUGGGAGCAAGCAUCACUGCGACCCAGCAUCCAGCCCGGCAGCGCGUUCAAGCCCAGCCCUGUGAUGGGGACGUACACCACAGAGGGAGGCUUCAUAAACACCAACCUGGUCACCACAGAUGAGGAGUCGCAGGAGUUCGACGACCUCAUAUUUGCCUUAAAAACUGGGACCGGCCUUAACGUCAGCGAUAACGAGUCCAUCCCCGGGAGCCACGACGGGGGGAGUGUGACCAACUCCCAAAUAGUCGAGCUCCGACGAAUCCCCAUCGCAGACACGCACCUCUAACCUUUUCACCUCACACAGAUCUCGUAUUCUGUGUCCGUGAUGGGAGGAAGACAAAUUACAAGGCAGUAUUUUUAUAUUGUACAACACUUUGCACUAAAACAUUUUAAAUAGACGUAUUUCAAAAUAGAUGUUUGAUACUGUAUGUGGAUUUUUUUUUUCUUUUUUUUACUGUACAUCUGUUCUCGUAUAUACAUAAAUGCUUUACUAAAUGUAUUUUUUAAAAGUUGUUGAUGGAGUUCUGAAUGUAUAUUUUGGUUCUUUUCUGUAGCAAUCUAGCCUGAUAUAGACAGACGUGCUCAUUUAGCACAUCUUCUGCUGCUGAGGAUGGAGAUUAUGUAACAUUGUUAAUAAAUAAUGUACCAUAUAUUUUA